AUGGGGAUUUUGUUUUGCUUCAUCCGGCGCUUCCGCACUUGCUGCCUGGGCAUGUUUUACCCCGGGAGAUGCCUCAAGACUAAAGGCACGCGAACCAUGGACGCACCUCGACUCGUAACGCUAUAUCUGGGCCUGCUCCUUCUUUUCCUUGGGAAUAUACCGUGUUUCCAGUCUGCUGCUAUCAUCUCUCCCUCUGCGCCGAGAAGAAACAGAGGAGCCCGGAUCUCUCAUCGGGACGGACAAAGGUCACCCAAAAUCCUAAAAGACAUCUUCGCGUCUACGCACCCUAUCGUGGGCCAUCACAAAGAAGACCUAAAGGACUCUAUUGUGCCGCAUGAAUACAUGCUCUCCAUAUACAGGACAUACUCGGCUGCAGAGAAGCUCGGACUAAACGCAAGCUUUUUCCGCUCCUCUAAAUCUGCCAACACCAUAACAAGUUUUGUGGACAGAGGAACAGACGAUCUUUUGCACUCUCCUCUGCGAAGACAAAAGUAUCUGUUUGAUGUCUCAACCCUUUCAGACAAAGAGGAGCUGGUCGGGGCGGAAUUAAGGAUAUUCCGGAGAGCGCCCGGGGACGUGCAGACUUCCCUGCAGACGACGGGCCUCUACGACAUCCAGCUGUACCCCUGCCGCUCGGACCGGCUGCUGGACACCAGGUCUCUGGACCCGCUGGACUCCACCAAGGCUGGCUGGGAAGUGUUGGACGCGUGGGAAAUGUUUAAAGCACACCAGCAUCACUAUCAUCCCCACCACCCCCAUCAUCAUCACCACCCCCGCCCCCAUCCCUAUCAGCAAGGGAACCAGCUCUGCUUCCAGCUCCGCGUCACUCUCCGCAAAUCCGACACCGAGGUGGACCUGAGGCAGCUGGGGUUGGGCAGGAGUGGCCGACCCCAGCAGGAGAAGGCCAUACUGGUGGCCUACACCCGCUCCAAGAAGCGGGAGAACCUGUUCAACGAGAUGAAGGAGAAGAUCAAGUCGCGGAGGUCGGUCGGCGAGAAGGAGGAGGGGGCGGUGGCGAGGAAGGCGGCGGAGGAGGAGGGGGUGGGGGUGGCGCUGAGAGGGGUAAGAGGAGAGGGGCCCAGGCGGCGGCGGAGGACCGCACUGAGCAACCGGCACGGAAAGAGGCAUGGGAAGAAAUCCAAAUCCAGGUGUAGCAAAAAGGCGUUGCACGUGAAUUUCAAAGAGCUGGGCUGGGACGACUGGAUCAUCGCGCCUCUGGAUUACGAGGCGUACCACUGCGAGGGGGUGUGCGACUUUCCCCUGCGGUCGCACCUCGAGCCGACCAACCAUGCCAUCAUACAGACGCUCAUGAACUCGAUGGACCCCAACAGUACCCCGCCCAGCUGCUGCGUCCCCACCAAGCUCAGCCCCAUCAGCAUCCUGUACAUAGACUCGGGCAAUAACGUGGUGUACAAACAGUACGAGGACAUGGUGGUGGAGCAGUGUGGGUGCAGGUAG